CAGGAACCAGAGAAGGGGAGGUACACAAACCCAAGAUGGCGUCCCGCGAUGAAGCAGGAAAUAUAUUCCGCUUUCAAUAAUAUUCGCGACUGGAGAGGUUUGCUCGGAAAUUGUAUGUUUGAAGAAGGCUGAAACGGAUUUAUUGCCUACUGAAGACAGAGCAGAUACUCUAAAUGGCUGCAAGGAAGUCUGGAUCAGAUCUCCAAAACAAUGGACCUGUCAGUUACCUUGAGGAUGUUCCUUUCAAGCUCAACGAGAAGUUCCGCUGCCCAGCAAAAGUGGGUCUGCCCAUUGGCUUCUGCCUGCCCGACUGUAACGCUUUGCUAUCAGAGACGCAGUAUGACUUCAAUCUAGAGAAGCUUAGUGUGCGCUGGGGGGACGACCUGAACAAGGCACGAGCUGCUGAGGCUCGGGAAGCCGAAUCCAGGCGGGCAGAAGAAAAAGACAGACAGGCCUUACAGGACGGUGAUGCCGGACUGGCCGGUGGAAAGAAAGCCCGUCCCGCUGAGGAGCAGGACCUCCUCCCACCGGCUCUGAACCCGGUCCUAGCAGGUCUAUGGCACAACGCUAUCCUGACCCCGCUCCCGGCCCCGAGAUUCGGCCCAGCGCAACCAGCAGCCAGCAGCCCUGCGCCUCAGAGCCUCAAUCUGGCUGACUUCGAGCGGGAGGAGGACCCCUUCGACAAGCUGGAGCUGAAAACUCUAGAUGACAAAGAGGAGCUCCGAAGUAUCCUCCAGAGCCAACCGCAGGCGUCUGCAUCUGUCUCGACUCCUGAAAGCACUGGUGGAGAAGACAACGCUGCACCACCUCAGCAGGCCAAAGUGGAUAUCUUCCAUAAACCCAACGGCCUGGUAGGACUGCUGGACUUGGAGCAGGCAGGUGUUGGUGGUGUGGCAAUGUCCAAGGGACAGAUCGAUGCCGAACGCCCCUGUAACAUUCGCUCGCUGACUUUCCCCAAGCUGUCGGAGCCAGGAGAUUCCGCCUCGGACCCUCGCUUUACUACAUAUCCAGCACCCCCACAGCGAAGCUUACCCAACGGUACUCCACUCUCCAUGCUGAGAUCCACACCACAUACCAGUUCUACACUGCCUGUAGAGUUACCGGGCCAUGCACCAAAUGGCACACCAAAGCAGUCGAACCCUGUCCCUGCAGCCGGUCCUCCUUCAUACCCAGCACCUGUGGGAGAAAUCCUGCUCAGUCUCUCUCCCAGUGAGCGCCAGUGUGUGGAGACUGUAGUAGGCAUGGGCUACUCUUACGAAGGCGUCCUCAAAGCCAUGCGGAGACAAGGGCAGAACGUCGAACAGGUGCUGGAGUACCUUUUUGUCCACGGUCAACUGUGUGAGCGAGGUUUUGACGCCACAGCGGUGGAAGAGUGUUUGGAAAUGUACCAGUGCUCGGAGGAGAAGGCGCUGCAGUUUCUGCAGUUGAUGUCUCGGUUCGGUGAGAUGGGGUUUGAGAGAGACACCAUUAAAGAGGUCCUUUUAGUGCACAAUAAUGACCAGGACAAAGCUCUGGAGGACUUAAUGGCUCGUGCGACUGCAAGCUGAACCAGAGCGGCGUCUCCUCCUUGAUCCGCCCCUCCUUUACUCCUCAACACUACAUCCACUGUGAGAGAGAGAGAGAGAGAAGGAAAGAGAGGGGGGAUGGGGGGGUCAAGCAUGUGAGUGUGAGCAGCAGAGGUAGGGAUGUAGUGAGGGUGUUUGAGACCGGACAAGUGAACAUAAUAUCCCUUAAAAAAAAACUAUAAAAUAAAAACCUGCCCUUCAAGGUAGGGUUUGAUCGGACCAUUCAUCCGACCUCAGCUAUGAUCCUAUUAAGUGAUGUUUGUGUGAUUGCGGGCAAGAGGACCCUGAGUCGUCCUCCUUUCUCCAUCGCCAUAGAAACAGGCAGACGUGGGGCGAUGCCUAGGAUGCGGGCCUGAGAGGAGCGCACCAGGAGCGAGAUCGGACUCUUGCUACAGCGCUGCUACGUCUUUCAUAAGUGAUGAGAACUUAAUACUCGUUCAUACACAUGCCAUGUCUGAACAGAGACCUUGAAGUGCCCUUUCUGUUCUUGCUGCCGCCUGGCUUUCGUUUGUUUUUCUUCCACCUGUCUCUGCUGUACAUCCUUUUAACGAUAUGUUCAUCCGUCGAGCUGUUUUAACAAACAGCCGUCUUGUUCGAGAUCUGGUUUAUUUGCCAUCUGCAUUAUAUAGGAACCGCAUUAACAGAACUAACGAGCGCAGCGCUUUGCGAGAAACAGGACGACAAAUACGAGAAAGGAAAUCCGCAGCCGAAGAGCUUUUACACUGGAAUGGAAAGAGAAACUGGUGUGUUCCUGGGAAUGCAAUAUUUAUGUGUGUCUAUGCUUCUGCGUACAAAUGCCAUGCAAGGCUGAAAAGGCACAAAGAAUCACAGAUUAUUAAUAUAAAUGUAUUUAAAUAUGUUCAAGAUACACUGACACCUUCAAUCUGUAAUAAAGACUUGGAAAUUCUUUA